GAUCCGACUCAUUCCUGUACUUGAAAAUUGAAAUCAUGUUCCAGAAGCAUCUAUUUAUCUUCUUCGAUAAAACCCACUUAGCAGCACUUCAAACCACUCUAGGGUUUUAUCUUCGUUUCUGAUCCAAGUUUGGAAAUUUCACCUCUAAUCUCGUUUCAGGAAUUCAUCCAUGGCUGCGCUUCAGUUGAAUUGCUCUUCUAUUUCAACUAGAGGGUUGCCGUCGUUUCAAGGGCUUCGUCAAUCAAGUGCUUCUCUUUCGAUUGUCGCCCCAUCCCGUGUAAGUUUGGACCAAAGACCAUCACGAGGAGGGCUCGUUGUGAGAGCUGCAACCGUCGUUGCACCGAAGUACACUUCCAUCAAGCCAUUGAGUGAUAGAGUGCUAGUGAAGAUCAAGACGGUAGAGGAGAAAACAGUUGGUGGUAUACUGCUUCCUACAACAGCUCAGACAAAACCUCAAGGAGGUGAAGUUGUAGCUGUUGGAGAGGGUAAGGCGAUUGGGAAGACUAAGGUGGACAUCAGUGUGAAGACUGGCGCCCAAAUAGUGUACUCAAAGUAUGCAGGGACGGAAUUGGAGUUCAAUGGAUCAAACCAUAUGCUUUUGAAGGAGGAUGAUAUUGUUGGUAUCCUUGAGACAGACGACAUCAAAGAUAUGAAGCCUCUGAAUGACCGUGUUCUAAUUAAGGUUGCUGAAGUUGAGGAGAAGACUGCUGGGGGAUUGUUGCUGGCAGACUCUGCCAAGGAGAAACCAUCCAUCGGCACGGUGGUUGCGGUUGGACCAGGUACACUGGAUGAGGAAGGCAAGCAAAAGCCAUUAACAGUGUCGCCUGGAAACACGGUGUUGUUCUCUAAAUAUGCAGGGAAUGACUUCAAGAGUGGUGAUGGUUCUGACUACAUUGCUCUAAGGGCAUCUGAUGUGAUGGCUGUGCUCUCAUCAUAGAAUAUACUUGUAAUGUGGCAUUAUUUACAAGGAUUUUGUGGCUAGAGUUGUUAGGAGGCAGCAGGUGGUGUUCAAAGUGUAAUUACAUUAAAGUUAAUUGAUCUUGAUUUUUGGAUUUUUAA